UCCAGUUAAGAUGCUAUGAUAUCUUCAGUGAUAUUACUUAUUUGCUGUAUUUUUACAGAUAUUAGCUAAUUUAGCGAGAUCAGGAAUCAUGUAAUAUAAAAACAGUUCAAACUCAGAGUCUGCCCUGAAGAGACGAAAAUUUGGCAGAGUUGAAUUCCAGUUUUUGGUAUUGUAUUCAUUCUUCUGGUUCACAAACUCCUAUUUGGGCGUUUUGUAUUUACAGUAAAACCUGUCCUUAAGACCACCUGCGUACUCAGACCACCUGGCUAUAAAGACCACUUUUCUCCGGUCCCGUGAAAAUUUACAUGUAAAGUAUAGGACUUUCAACCUGUGUACUAAGACCACCUGUCUAUUAGGGAUUAAGACCACUUUUUUAGGUCCCUUGACCUAAAAGUGACCUGUCUAUUAAGACCACUUAAUCCACUGACUGACAAAAUCAUCCGCGAUUUCUGGUUCAUGACUGCUAGUGAUCUCUAAAAGUGACCUCCCUGGUAAAAAUUACCUCCCAUACAUAUUUAAGUGACCUCCCUCUCUAAAGGUCACACGUGACCCUGAGCACGCUCGCGUCCUCAAGUCACCUUUGAGCCCGGCCUUUGAGUCAAGAUGGCGAGUAAACAAGCUAGGAUUGAGCUCUCACUGAAGAAAAAGGUUUUGAAGCUAGCAGCUGGUGGCGCGAGUCAACGAAAGCUUGCUGAUCAGUUUAAAGUUAGUAAGACUCAAAUAUCGAACAUCAUUAAGAAAAAACGUGCAAUUGAAGUGGCAUUUGAGCAGAAUUCAAACUCUGAGAAAAGAAGCUUCGUAUCUGCACCUAAUGACCGCAUCAAUGACGCUAUAUGGGAAUGGUUUACUAGAUGUCGGGCAAUGAACAUCCCCAUUACAGGCCCAAUGAUACAAGCACAAGCCCUGAAAUAUGCUGAAACGUUUGGAAUCGGUGACUUUAAAGCAUCCAAUGGAUGGCUGGAAUAAUUUAAGUGUCGCAAAAACAUUCACUGUAGUGUUUUAUCGGGAGAAAGCAGCAGUGUUCCUACCGAGACAGUCGAUGAGUGGCAGUCAAGACUUGAAGCUUUGUGCGAGGGAUACCGUGCAGAAGACAUUUUUAACAUGGAUGAAACAGGGAUGUACUAUCGCGCACUACCAGAUCGAUCUCUUGUUGUUCGUGGCGCUGACUGUCAUGGUGGUAAACACUCAAAAGAGCGACUGACAGCUGUAUUAACAUGCAAUAUGACGGGAGAAUUCACAAAGACUUGGAUUAUAGGAAAGUCUGAAAAUCCUAGAUGUUUCAAGAAUCUUGAUAAAAAAACUCUCCCUGUGGUAUACAAGUACAAUCGAAAAGCUUGGAUGACAUCCCCUCUUUAUACCGAGCACAUUCUUGAUUUAGAUCGACAGAUGAGGUUACAAAACAGGAAGAUUCUGUUGUUUGAGGACAAUGCUCCAUCACAUGUGAAGGAUAUAGAAUUGACAAACAUCAAAGUUGUAUUUUAUCCUCCCAACACAACAUCUCGAUUACAACCUCUUGAUCAGGGAAUUAUCAAGAACUUGAAAGCAUUCUAUCGCAAGAAAUUGCUAGAAAAAGUUGUCUCAGCUAUCAAUGAAGCUGAAUUUCCUGAUGCCUGCUCUGUUGCUCGUAAGGUAGAUGUGCUUGAUUGCUGCAUGUGGAUUGCUUGAGCUUUACGUCAAAUAAAGCCUGAGACAGUUACCAACUGUUUUACACACGCAGGGUACCCUAGGUCGUUGCUAACUGAUGACAGACUGGUCCAAGACGCUCAAAAUGCUGCCGAACCCGAUCUUCAACACUUAAUUGAAACAGUUGCAACUGGCUUGAACAUAACUGAGCCAUUAACUGAUGACGAUUUUGUUCACCAUGACGACCAGGUGCCAACUGAGGACGAUGAUAAUGAAAACUGGGUACCUGAGGUUAUUCAGGAACAUGUUUUGGAUAAAGACAGUGUACCAGAAACCGCGGAUGAUGACGAGGAGUGUGAUGAAACCAGCGAUGGCAGUGGGUCACUUGAACCUAUGUCAGUGAUUAAAGAAGCAAAAACCGCACUAUAUUGGGCCCAGCAGUUAAAACUGUUUUCUCUAGAGAAGAAUAUGACUGGAAUCUUUCCCAUAUCUUCUGAACUUGAGGACAAU